AUGGGCAGUUUUGAGUUGCAUGGUUCGAGAACUGAGUUGAUAGAUCUACCGGCAGUGACCCCAGAGCCAUUAUUGUCAAGGCCCGAAGCUACCCAUAAAAACAAUCUCAAUCAUUCGGUAGUUGAGCCUCAGAGUCAGAUAUCCCAACCGGGAUAUUUGCACGGGCUUCGACUAUGGAUUGUAGGGGUCAGUGUCGCGCUAGGUCUCUUCUUAGCCACCGCUGAGAUUACAGUCAUCAGCACAUCGCUUGUCACCAUCAGCGAACACCUUGAAGGAGGCGAUCAAAGCAGUUGGGUCAUCACAUCAUACCUUCUAACCUACACCGGAUUCCUCGCGCCUUGGUCUAAAUGUGCGCUUGCUUUUGGUCUCAAGCCAACCUUGUUGAGCAGUCUGCUCCUAUUCAUUGCUUUUUCCGGGGGCUGUGGUGCCGCCCAAAGCAUCGACCAACUGAUUAUCUGCCGCACUUUCCAAGGGAUCGGUGGCUCCGGACUUUUCGCGCUUGGACUAUAUACCCUACUGCGCAUUGUGCCUCCGAACAGAUUUGAGGUUGCCAAUGCCGUGGGGUCCGGCGUGCUGACUUUCGCCCUUAUCUUAGGAUCGCUGAUCGGAGGUGGCAUUAGCAGCUCCAGCUCGUGGCGCUGGGUUUUUCUCUUCAACGUGCCUGCGGGAGGAUGGGCGUGGAUUAUGCUCUGCCUGUUCUUUCCGAAGAACUUUCCUCGAGGAUUAACAAGUCGUUCUGCGCAGAGCAAAUUGCAUCAAUAUCUAACCCAGGCGGACCUGUUAGGAUAUCUGCUUCUUCUGGGAUUUUCCCUGCUGCUAGUGGCCGCCUUGGAGGAAGCCAACGUUCGCUAUGCCUGGUCAUCGGGGAUCAUUAUCGGGUGUUUAACCGGUUCAGGUGUCCUUCUGGCGGCCUUUCUGGCGUGGGAGUGGAUCCUCAGUGGCCGGAAGCACGUGCGCAUAGAGCCAAUGCUGCCAUGGCGAUUGUUCAAAAGCAGGGUGGUGUUGGGAAUCAUCAUUGGCUUCUUCUCAACCGGGCCUGCAAUCACUAUACUAUACAUCGAGUUGCCCCAGAGAUUUCAAACGGUCAAUAACUUCACCCCCAUCGAGGCGGGUCUCCGAGUUCUUGCCUUUGGGGUGGGAUCCCCUGCGGGGGCAUUUUGCUGCAGCGUCCUCGCCGGUCGCUUGAGAACCCCGUUUGUGCAUCUGACGCUAGCUGGGUCCGUGCUACAGAUAGUGGGGGCCUUUCUGCUGUCUUCCGUGCCUCCCACUGUGAACGCCUGGCCGGGCGAGUAUGGAUACAUGGUUGUAACUGGUCUGGGCACCGGGAUAUCCAUCGCGGCCCUGUAUAUGGCGGUUCCCUUGGUGGUCAGACAUCGUGAACAAGCCAUUGUAAUGGGCUUGACCCUCCAGGCACGCAUGUUAGGUGCCUCAUUAGGCAUCGCUAUUGUGAAUAGCAUUCUGACCAAUUACGUCAAGGGGCAUCUCGCGCCCGCUGAGGCUGCUGCAGACCCGAAUCACCUCACGGGAUUGCCGAUGAGUGUCCAGGAAACGAUCCGGACCGCGUAUGCACAUGGCUAUAAUCGUCAGAUGUACGCAGUGGGGGCUUGCGGCGUGGUCCAACUGUUCGGUGUUGCACUGAUGUGGAAGAAAGACCAAGUCCGCUUCGAUCCUCAAGCGAAGACAUCUUGGGUGUAUGAUCACGAGACCGAUCAGAACUCUGGAAACUUGAACGGCUCGGUAAGUUAG